CAUAGAAAAUAUAUUGCAUGAUUUAUGACCGAUUUUGAUAAAUGUGUAGUCUUUUCUUUCGAUAUAUAUGACAGAUAUAACACUCUCCCUCGGUUUUGGUUGAAAGUGUAAACAUUCGGGUCCGGUUCUCCCUCGCCCUCAUGAUUACAUUUUCAACCAAAACCUCGGGAUCGUGUUAUAGCCUUUACUUAAAACUUCAGAUGUCUAAAGGAUCCCUUUCCAGUAAGGCUUGUAUGAAGGAUGGGCGAUGUUUGGUGACUAGAUCUGGAAAAGAAACCUGUGUCAAAGAUAAUCGUUACCUUGGCACAGAAGAACUUAAUAGACAAUCAGCAGAGAAUCCCACUCAGGAAUCCGAAAAAACCCAAAAGAAAUUACUCCAGGCUGUCAAAUCCGGGAAUCUGUGGUCUGUCAAAAAUAUUUUGGAUUCGGGGUUGGCAGAUAUCAACGCCAAAAGCCGGGACGGAAAGACACCAAUUUUAAUAGCAGCAGGAUCUGGAAAGAGGCGGGUAUUUGAAUUACUAAUGACCAAUGGAGCAGAUAUGUGUGCAGUACAUAAGAGUUUAGGCACCAUACUACAUUUUGCCAUUAAUGGAGGAAAUUUCGAUAUACUGAAACUUAUCGUACGGGCCCACAAAGUCGAUAUCAACCGUGGAAAUGGCAUUGGAGUGACGCCUUUGGAGUGGGCGCGUUGUAAGCACAUGAAACGAAUGGUUGCCUUUCUUAAGCAUAACGGAGCAGCAGAGAACCCCACUCAGGAAUCCGAAAAAGCCGGGAAAAAAUUACUCCAGGCUGUCAAAUCCGGCAGUCUGCAGUCUGUCAAAAAUAUUUUGGAUUCGGGGUUGGCAGAUAUCAACGCCAAAAGCCGGGACGGAAAGACACCAAUUUUAAUAGCAGCAGGAUCUGGAAAGAGGCGGGUAUUUGAAUUACUAAUGACCAAUGGAGCAGAUAUGUGUGCAGUAGAUAAGAGUUUAGGCACCAUACUACAUUUUGCCGUUAAUGGAGGAAAUGUCGAUAUAUUGAAACUUAUCCUACGGGCCCACAGAGUCGAUAUCAACCGUGGAAAUGGCUUACGAGUGACGCCUUUGGAGUGGGCGCGUUGUAGGCACAGGAAACAAAUGGUUACCCUUCUUAAGCGUAACGGAGGCCAACCAGCAUUUUUCGAUCUAUUUAACGACGGUCAGUAA